AUGCAGACAGCAGGCAUAGAGAGGAAGCUCCAACUACAACAACUUGAGGAGCUCAGGUUAAAGGCUUAUGAGAACUCUCGGAUUUAUAAAGAGAAAACAAAACACUUCCAUGAUAAAAUGAUUUCUAAGAAGGACUUCUCAAUUGGCCAGAAAAUUUUAUUGUUUAACUCUCGUUUAAAAAUCAUGGCAGGUAAGCUUCGGUCCAAAUGGAUUGGACCUUUUGUUGAGAUUAAAAGUGCAGGUACCGACAAAGUGUUCAAAGUAAACAGUCAGCGGAUGAAGCUGUUCCAUGAAAGUCUGAUGCCUGAAGAAGAAAUUGUUGAAGAGCUCUCCUUGGAGGAGCCUUCAUACCCUCCAGCAGCUACCCCUUAG